CUCCGUUGAAGCAGAUCUCUUCUUCCCCUUCCCUCCCCACAACAACUACUGUAUGCUUCCUCUCUGAAAGUCUUUAGACCCCAUAAAGAUACAAGGUUGUAAGUAGAACAAUGCUUUUAAGAAGCUCCUCCACACCAAUACUCAACUCAUGGCUUCCCCACUCGAGAGACUCUUCACCAGAGCACGACCUCCAAGUGCUUCUUCAUCUCCCAUUAACCAGAUCGGUGUCCUUAAUGACGCCCUUUUUGCCCUCUCCACCUCACUCUCAUGAACCCACUAAGAAAGUGAUAACAUCCCCCAAGCCACGAGCCUUGGCUGAGACCAAAGCACAGGACCCUCCAAAGCUCAAAAAGAAGAAGAUCAAGCUCCCUCUGAGCCAUAACGAGGUCAAACCAACCAAAGCUCGAUCUUUUUCAGGGGAAAAAGAUGAGGAUCGAGAAGACUUAAAACCCAACUCAAGACCAGGGUCUUCUUCGAUAAGGAGGAUGCUUUCGAGUUCUGGGCUGGAUGGGGCUAUAUUUGGUGGAGAGGGUUAUGGUGUGGUGGAGAGAGAAAGUGGGCUUCAGACCCUGGUUGCGGGUGGUGGAAUGGGAAGUGGCGGAAGCAGCGGGAUUUGUGGCGGCGGCGGUGAUGGUGCUGGCGGAGGAGGAUCCGACAGCGGAGAUGAAGGGUUUGGAUUCUACGAGAAUAACAAGAAUCCUGGUAGUGAUAGCACUGAUGCUUAUUACAGGAAAAUGAUUGAAUCCAAUCCAGGGAAUGCUCUUUUGCUCGGGAACUAUGCCAAGUUCUUGAAAGAGGUUCGUGGAAAUUUAGCUAAAGCAGAGGAUUACUGUGGCAGAGCAAUUCUGGCUAACCCGAACGACGCCAACGUCUUGUCGCUCUAUGCUGAUCUUAUAUGGCAGACAAACAAGGACACCCAUAGAGCUGAGAGUUAUUUUGAUCAAGCAGUUAAAACUGCUCCUGACGAUAGUCAUGUCCUGGCUUCUUAUGCCAAAUUUCUGUGGGAUGUUGAGGAGGAAGAGGAGGAGGAGGAUGAACAUGAACAUGGCAACCCUCGUCCAACUGAUUUCUUUCAAGAAGCUCCUCACCGCCACCCUCUCACUGCAACUUCUCAAAUAACCCCCUCCUACUUGCUUGAGGACGUAGCAAAACCUAUAUGAGUGGUAUAACAUAAUAGCCGAAAAGAAUGGCUUCCCUCGCUUGUAAUUUCAGGCCAACGAAUAAGUUGACUGUAACUAUAUGUUCAUACGCGAGAGAAAAUACUACCGUCUU